UCCGUCACAAAAGUCCAUAUAAAAACACCUCGACCGCUUCAAUUUUCUUCAACUAAAUUUCCUAUCUGCUUCGCCCGAAACUCUUUUCUCCGUUUCCAAUUAAAACGCGUUUCAAUUGUUCUUGCUCCGUCUUUCUGAUAUAAGAUGCAAAUAUUUGUGAAAACUUUAACUGGUAAGACCAUUACCCUUGAGGUCGAAAGCUCCGACACCAUUGACAAUGUUAAAGCCAAGAUCCAAGAUAAGGAAGGAAUUCCCCCAGAUCAACAGAGAUUGAUCUUUGCUGGUAAACAGCUCGAAGAUGGUCGUACCCUUGCCGACUACAACAUUCAAAAGGAAUCAACACUUCACCUUGUUCUUCGUCUGCGUGGUGGUAUGCAGAUUUUUGUGAAGACCCUUACUGGAAAAACCAUUACCCUUGAAGUUGAAAGCUCUGACACAAUUGACAAUGUGAAAGCCAAGAUUCAAGACAAGGAGGGAAUUCCUCCAGACCAGCAGAGGUUAAUUUUCGCAGGCAAGCAACUCGAAGAUGGGAGAACUCUUGCUGAUUACAACAUUCAGAAAGAAUCUACUCUCCAUCUUGUCCUUCGACUCCGUGGUGGUAUGCAAAUCUUUGUGAAGACCCUUACUGGAAAGACCAUUACCCUUGAAGUUGAAAGCUCUGAUACAAUCGAUAAUGUCAAGGCAAAAAUUCAAGACAAGGAAGGAAUUCCUCCAGACCAGCAGAGAUUGAUUUUUGCGGGCAAGCAACUUGAAGAUGGUCGUACACUUGCUGAUUACAAUAUUCAGAAGGAGUCUACCCUUCACUUGGUGUUGCGUCUCAGAGGAGGAAUGCAAAUUUUUGUUAAGACCUUGACUGGAAAGACUAUAACCUUAGAGGUGGAGAGUUCUGACACAAUUGAUAAUGUGAAGGCCAAGAUUCAGGACAAGGAAGGCAUUCCUCCAGACCAGCAGAGAUUGAUUUUUGCAGGCAAGCAAUUGGAAGAUGGAAGAACCUUAGCUGAUUAUAAUAUUCAGAAGGAGUCGACACUUCACUUGGUUCUUCGUCUACGUGGUGGUAUGCAGAUUUUUGUCAAGACCCUCACUGGGAAGACGAUCACUUUGGAGGUCGAGAGUUCCGAUACUAUUGACAAUGUGAAAGCAAAGAUUCAAGACAAGGAGGGGAUUCCACCUGAUCAGCAGAGGCUGAUUUUUGCUGGCAAACAACUAGAAGAUGGAAGAACUCUAGCUGAUUAUAACAUUCAGAAAGAAUCCACUCUUCACCUUGUCCUCCGUCUUCGUGGUGGUGAUUAUUGAAAGAUUGUUGACAUUUGUGGUGGUCCUCUCCAGUAGGCAGAAUAUCUUUUAAAUUCUUAUCUCAUCUUUCUUCUGUUGAAACUAUGCUAUGUUUGCUGCUUUAUCAUCUGUUGGCACUGUAAUGAGGUAUUUGCAGUUGCUUGGUUUGAUGUUUGGUUGAUUGAAUUUGUGAACUAUUAGUGUGCUUCUUUGUGAUUGGA